AUGGAAUUGUGGGGCGACGGGCUGAGGAACGAGGCAGCGCGAUCUCAGACGGCGCCGCGACGGUCGCAUCAGCAACGGCUGCAGCAGCACCUACGCAAGACGAUGGAGAACGCGAUCGGCCCCCACGACCGGAGGUAUCACUGUCCGAAAUGCGAGAAGUCCUUCUCGCAGAGCUACUCGAUGUACCGGCAUUACAAAUACGAGUGUGACUCACUGCCGCGUUAUCAGUGCCCGUACUGCGGCCACGUCAACUUCAGGCCGAUCGUCCUGCAGAAGUAUCACGGCGUUGUGCGGAAUUCCCGUCACACGCUCAGACUUCAAGCCGUGAACCGACGUGGCUAUCCCUGUCCUAGGUGUGCCCGAGUCUUCCGCACUCCCGGCGGCAUGAGCCGACACUACCGGCUAGAGUGCGUCGACAUGCCACGCUUCAAGUGUCCCCACUGCGACAUGCGUAGCAAGUACACGCAAGCUGUGUACAGACACAUCCGGGCGAAGCACCGCAACAUGGAGCUGCGAUUCGUCAAGCUGUACUAA